UUAAAACAACGGGAUUUCGCGAUGUUUGUAUACACUAAAGUUAUUGAUCAAAAGAAAUGAAUUUACGCUUCUUUGACUUGAUAUUUUUGUUUUUAGCAGUAUUUCUUCAGCUUAGUUAUUGUGCAACAAUACAAGAAGUGAAAACGGUACUAACCAAACUUAGAGAAACAGCAGAAGAUCACCUUCACCAAGCCUCUUUAAAACAUUCAAGAAUGUCAGUCGAAAUUAGCUCUACUGCCCUUUGGACUGAAGAACUAGGCCAUAAACAAAUAAAUCAAAAAGCAAAAAAAUUUUUAGCUAAGACAAGAGUUGAUAAAAUAACAAAUCACCAUUGUAAAGGAUCACGUGAAAAUGCCAUUAACCAUAUAAAACAAACACACACCGAAGAACUGGUAAAGUGUGUAGAAAAUCACGCGACUAACAGUUUGCAAUUAUUGUUUGAAAUGAAGUCAACACUUAGCCAAAAAGUUUUAAAAGGGGUUUAUGAAGAAGAAAAGAACAUGGUAGUGUGUGGUCGGUCCAAUUAUUUGUGUCUGGAUGGUGUGGUUGCGAAUAUUAAAGAUAAAAUUGAUUCUUUAGAUGAGAUUGUUCAAGAUGAAAUUGAUGUUAGUUUAUAUGAAGUGGAAAUGCAGUUAGAUAUCAUAACCACCUGUGCUUUUCAAAGUAUAUUGAAUACAGACUUGUCUCUGAAAACUAUUUCUAAUUGUACUUAUUAGAAUGUCAAUAAAAAUA